AUGGAAAAACGUGCACUAAACUUUACCGAACAAGAGGAGAAUUUGUUGAUAAAUUUAAUUGAAAAAUAUAAAAAUAUUAUAGAGUGUAAGAAAAGUAAUGUACGUACAUGGAAAGAUAAGGAAAAAAUUUGGAAACAUAUUGAACAAGAGUUUAAUAGCAGAAGCGGAAAAAUCUAUAGACACGCAAAACAUCUGAAAGAAAAAUAUAGUAAUUUAAAAAAAAGAGCUAAAAGGAAGUUUACAGAAGAGAAGAUGGAACUGAAUAAAACAGGUGGUGGGACAUUUACCCCAAUAUUAAUGAGUGAUGUAGAUAUUGCGAUUAAAAACAUUUUGUCAGGUCAAAUGGAAGGAAUAAAAAACACAUUUGACUCUGAUGCAAUAGAGAAUUUCGAGUCAAUCCCUGAUAAUUCUCAAAUUGAAAUUGAGCAUGACUACACAGAUAUUUUAACAGAUAUGCCUGGAACUGUAGAAAAUGUAGUUUUAGAUGAGGUAAAUGAAAAGGAAACCAAUGUGGAUAUCACGGAUAAAGAAAAAGAAAUAAUAGAAAAACAUGAUUGGAGUUAUUACAGUGCCAAAAAUUUGAAACAGCCGAAAGCAAAGAAGCUUCAAGUUAAUAAAAGACAUGUUUUUUCAAAGGAAAAUACUGUCGCAGAGGAAAAGUUGGAAUUCCUGAGAAUACAAAAACAGAUGUUUUUGGAAGAGCACGAGAUAAAAAUGGACAUUUUUAGAUUGAAAAAGGAAAUUAACUUAANUUUAAAAGUUACAAAAUCUUCUUGA